GUCUGCUUCAAAAGAGAUGCUGGUGAGAUGUUCACACAGGAGAAGAAGUGGCGAACGAGAGAGUGGUGAUUUUUGAUUAUUUUUUUAAAUGUUCCUGUUCCGAGCCGUGAUGAAGAUGGUGGUUGCUCAUUUCUGAGGACGUCUGCACUGUUCUGAUGGACGGCUCUGGAGAAGCACAUGGGAGCUGAGGAGAGAGGACUGACAGAGAUUCAAGUGGCUGUGGAAGUAUAAGUGCUGAAAGAGGAUGAAUAAACUGAGAGCGGAGGAGAGCAUCAUGUCAUACCUGUCGCGGAGUGAGACUGACACCAGCCCCAAAGACCUGAACGUGGUGGCCAUGCUCCAUAACUUCUGGGAGCAGAAGCAGACGAGUCAGUCGAAUGGUUCCCUUAGUGAAUCAGGAGCUUCCAGUGGUGACACAGCCGUCCAGACAGAAAGCUUGCUGUUGUAUGAAUCUGCACCGUCACCUGGUCCCCCGUACAUCUGCUACGUCACCCUUCCUGGAGGAAGCUGCUUCGGGAACUUUAAGGUGUGUGACACUCAGGCAGAAGCUCGGAGGGACGCAGCUCGCGUGGCCCUGAUGAACUCCCUCGUGAACGAGCUGCCGUGUCGACACAUCAACUCUCAGUUCAUCACUCAGAGUUUGCAGCAGGCGGCCACACACAGUGCUGUCUCUACAGAGGAUGCGUGUGAUUCAAGCACCAGUAUAGGAACCUACAGUUUGCUCCUCCACUCCUACAUAGGAAGGACAAUGCUGGAGUUCCAGGAGAUGAUGACAGUCUUUCAGCUGUUGCACUGGAACGGGACACUGAAAGCACUGCGGGAGAGGCAGUGCUCUCGACAGAGUGUGAUUGCCUACUACGCUCAGCGAGGUCUGGAUGAGUGCAUGCGCAGCAGCAUGGCUCUGGAUUGGCUCGAGCGGGAGCAGAGGUCACCGGGGCAGCUCGGGGAGGAGCUGCAGGUGGCGCAGAGGGAGCUGGUGCUUGCCCGGCGUCGAGGCAUAGAGCUGCGCUUCUACAAGGAGAAGACGGAGAUCCUCAGCUUGGCUCUGAGUCAAGCUUACAGUCACCACACACCCGAGGCCUCGAGCCCGACGCAGAGUCACACCUACGAGCAUGAACAAUUUCCUUUACACGCAUUAUACAGCCAGGAAGCAGAAGUCCAGAUCACACCGCCCUGCAGUCCAUCACCAACCCUUCAUAAAAACACAAAGCAAACACUCUGGCAAAACUCUGGCAAACACUUGGCCUCCAGCAGUCCUUCACCACGCUCACAGCAGAAUUAUGGGACUUUAAAAAGAAUGAAGAAGAAGGGUGAGGAUGGACGAUAUAAACUUUCAUUUGACUCUGAAUGAGCUUAACGUCUGCCACUCGAAAUGUGAGAGAACAGAAUGUAUCCAGCAAGGUCACUGUCUUCAGGUUUUUUCAUCAAGAGCUAAAAAUACUUUGUGCAUAUGUGUAUUAAUAAUGCUCUAAUGUAAUUAACACUCUUUUAUGAAUAUAGGACUAAGAGUUAGUGAUGCCUGUGUUGCAACUUUAACCACAAGAAGUGCAGCAAAUUGUUUAAAUCAAGUAGUAUUAAUAUAGUUAUUGUGUAUUGUACAUUAUCAAUAAUCACCAUGAUAUCAUUUUUAUUAAUAGGAAAAUAACAGAAGUCAAAUAUAUAAAUUGAUGUCAUGGCUGUGCAGGCACAGUGAUGAGGUAUAACACAUAAUGAAUCUACCUCAGAUUGUGUUUGUCAUGCUGUGCCCUAAAAAAGAGUUAAAACCACAACCUUCUCUCAGGAGCAGAAAUCAGUCUGUAAACUAUGGACUGUUAAUAACAAUGAACGUGGACUCGGGGUGCAGAAAGUGCAGCCAUUGCGGAAGUUCCUCAUGACCAUCAGAGUUUCUAUAGAAGUCUCUAAAAUCACUCUCAUCUGAUUUAUAACCUCAGUAAACAUUUUCCUCAGGAGUGUAUGGUCUCAAUCUUUCAAGUCUUCUCCUGUACACCUAGAUGUUCACUUAGUAAAUCAUGAUUCCAUUUAGACUAAAGGAAAUUUCCACUGUUGAAAAAGUAUUUCUUUUUGGCCCAGCCUAACCAGUUACCAUUUAUUUGUUUUUGUAUAAAGAGCAUCUCUGUCGUAUAGACAUAUAUGAUCAUGAUAUUACAAUGUCACCCAUAACUUAAAAUACAGGAAUUUUAGAGUUGUUUAAAGUAUUGAGUAAACUGUUAACUAAUGCAGCUCAGGGCUUCUCCCUGCCUCACUCUCACCUGAUGUGUUCAUACUUACUGGAUACUGAGCAACUGAAGUGAAUGCUUUAUAAAGGGAAACAUUUUGCUUGUGUCUUAACAGACUACAUGUUGGAGAAUAUUAUUUACACCAAUUUAGAUUAUUCUUAUACUUUUCUUGCAUGGGUGACAUAGUUUUUUGAUAAGGAACCAUCU